CUUCAAAACUGUAUUAGGUAUCAUCAAGGUAUUAUGACUUUGAUGCCGACUUGAAUAUCAUACAACCAAAACUGUUCUCCUUCAAUUAGUUUUGACACCAGCUACAAGUGUGGUGGUGUAAGGUACUUGCAGAGGAGAAUUUGCCUAGUAAACACCGCUACCAGCCUCAUGUGGGGGCCUUCUCUGAUAGGUAUAGCCCUGUUAUUGACAUGUGUAAACAGCAUACUAACAAUGGGCCUACCAACAUUUUCUUCAUCAAAAGAUAAUCAAGUAACUUCCCUGCGGUAUGUCUAUGCUUUUUUCAGACAUGGAAUCAGGGCCCCUCUCUACGAGCCAUAUCCAUCAGAUGAAAACAAACAAAAAUUUCACCAUGUCUUUGAAAAACUUGGAAUACUUACAAAGGCAGGGAAAGAAGAAAUGUAUGAGGUAGGCAAGGAGCUAUCCAAAAUAUACGGAAGCUUAGUUCAAGAUUACUCAGAGGAUAAAGUACGAGCAAGUUCGACGGAGAAAACCCGGACAAUCAUGUCAGCAUUGAGUGUAAUGGCUGGACUCUUUCCACCAAAAAAGCCUAUUCUGAAAGACCUAAAAUGGCAACCAAUCCCCAUAUGGACGGAUACGAGAGAGUUUGAUAAAGUCUAUUUUUACAAUGAUCCUGAUUUUCCACAACUUGCUCUUAAGGAAUGUCCAAGGUUUGGAAAAAUGAUUCAAAAGGGAGUUGAUGUGAUAAAGGCACAAGAUAAAGAUACAAGUCGUGCUCCAAUUUACAAAUUACUCCAACUUCAUACUCAAAGACAAGAUAUCAACUCAAUUGACACUGCUUAUGAAAUUUUUGAUAUUUUAGAGUUUGAGAAUCUGAAUGGUCUUCGCUUGCCUGUUUGGGCAACUAAACCUCGACGCGAGUUUGGGAAAAAACGUCUCUACCCCGACCUGAUGAGGCCCAUAAUGGUCGAUUGGUUCUACAAAACUCAAUGGCUUGAUAGAGACAAACUCAUGCUCUUGUUUUACUCAGGUCCUUUAUUCAACAGUAUAUACAACCAGUUUGAAUUGAAAAAGGCUGGAAAAACUGAAGAACUAUUCAGGUACCACAACACACACGACGACACUAUCCUCACGCUACGCUGGGCCCUCGGGUUUGAUGAUCCUGGUUUUGAAGUUCAAGCUGGGGAUGGAAUGGCUUUUGAGCUUCAUGAAGAAAAUGGAGUGUUUACUGUUCAAGUUGUCUACUACCACUCACUUCAGCGCAAUAAUCGAUCAGCAUUUAGAGAGGUGCUUCAUCUGCGUGAUUGCCCUUCUCCUUGUACCUUCGAUAAAUUCUUUGAAGCCUACGAAAGAUGGACACCAGAAAAAUGGGAAAGGGAAUGUCAUAUUCCAUCAUAGCAACAUUUACAUGACAAAAGUAAA